AUGGGCAGCAGUAACUUUGAAAACGAAGGAAUAUUGAAAUCAACUUCAGAUUCACCGCCGACUCACUAUACUGUAAAAACAGAGUUAUUUUCGAUGGUAACCGAACUUUUUACACAAGAUGGAUAUGAAUCAUCACAGUUUGAAGCUGGAGGAUACAAAUGGAAACUGGUGUUGUACCCAAAGGGAAACAAGAAGAGGAAUGUGAGAGACCACAUCUCUCUCUACUUGGUCAUAGCUGAAACAAAUUCACUUCCAACUGGUUGGGAGGUAAAUGUUGAUUUCAGAUUGUUUUUGUUCGAUCAGAAUAAGAGAGUCUACUCGGUUUUUGAAGAUGCUUUUGCUAAGGGGAAGUGCUUCAACGGUGCUGUGCUUGAUGCGGUUGGUUUUGAUAGAUUUAUCCCCAUUAAAGACUUUACUGAUGCCUCCAAUGGAUAUCUUGUUGAUGAUACAUGUGUGUAUGGAGCUGAGGUCUUCGUUUGUAAAGAAAGGAGAACAGGGAAGGGAGAGUGUCUAAGAAAGAUAAGAACUGCUUCAGUGUACAAACAUGUCUGGAAGCUUGACAACUUCAAAAAAUUAGAUGCUGAACACUAUUAUUCAGAAUCCUUUAAUACUGGAGGCUAUGAAUGGAAGAUAAAGCUCUAUCCCAAGGGAAUUGCUGAUGGAAAGGGUAGUCAUCUCUCUAUGUUUCUCACAUUGGCUAAUCCUCAGACCCUUCCUUCUGGAUCUCGAAUAUUUGCAGAUUUUACAUUGCGCAUCCUAGAUCAAAUUCAAAUUCAUUCCACGCAUCACUCACUAAGUGGUACUAAUGGUAGGAUCUUCAGUGCCUUGAAUAAGAGUUGGGGUUAUAAUAAAUUCAUCACGGUGGAAAUGUUCAGGAAGAAAGAAAAUGGUUUUUUGUUGAAAGACAGUUGCAUAGUGGAGGCAGAGGUCACUGUUCGUGCAAUUACUGGAGUUCUGUAG